GACGCGGCUCACUCAGGGGAUGAUUAACUUUUUCGUUACCGUGUACAUGGAGGACAUCCUCGUCUACUUAGAGACCUUUCACGGGCAUGCACAAUACAUUGAGCUUGAAUGGACACUGGAAGCUCUGAGAGACGCCGGGUUCAAGAUCGCGCUCGAGAAGAGCGAGUUUUUCCUUUCGGAAAUCUCGUUCUUGGGUUACGUGGUGACACGUGGAGAACUGCGGCCAGAUUCAAGGAAAGUCGCGGCGGUGAAAGAUGCUUCCGUCCCCACGUCAGUGACGCAGGUUCAAGCUUUCCUGGGACUGACAUCGUACUACCGUCGUUUUAUCAAAGGCUUCGCUGCGAUUGCGCGACCUCUAACGAAUCUGUUGCGAAAGGACCAGCCCCUCAAUUGGGACGCAGCGUGCGAACAUGCCUUCGCCACCCUCAAAGGCGCUUUGGCGACGACACCUAUUUUGAUCCGGCCAGACCCCACGAAGCAGUUCAUUCUUAUCACGGACUGGCAGCCAGAGGCGAUCUCCGCUACUCUAGCGCAGAAGGGGAACGACGACCGAGAGCACGUCAUCGAGUACGCAUCUCGUACGGUGCCAGACGAACGAAGGAACGAUUCAACCUCGCAAGGUGAAUGUUAUGCCGUAGUCUGGGGAAUCCAUCACUUCCAUCCAUACUUGUACGGACAGAAGUUCCUCCUUGUAACUGAUCACGAGCCAUUGUUGGCUCUCAAGAAGCUUACUAAUUACACGAGUAUGAUUGGACGGUGGGCGGUGCGCCUACAGGAAUACGACUUCGACAUCAUCCAUCGAAAGACAGAGAGACACGGUAACGCGGACGGGUUGACACGUCUGCAUCGCCCGGCUAAGCUAGUGGACGACCUGCCCCUGGAUAUCUUAUCGCGGUGUGACAAUCAGCCGGGCAUCCGCGUGCUUUCCCGAACACUCGAGCCACGCCUGCUAUGGUCCACGUGUACUCAGCUGGACGCCAACAACUGUGUCUAUCCGUCCCAGGCUCUUUUUCUUGAGAUCGACGUCACCGAUCUCACAGUGUGGGACCCCGUCAUCCGGCAAGGAAACGCGCGGCAAGAGGAACAAGAAGGCGAGGAAGAAGGCGAGGAAGAAGGCGAAGAAGAAGAAGAAGAAGAAGAAUCGAGCGAAGAUAGUGAUGAUCCUGAUUACAUUCAGGAAAAAGAAGAGGACAAGGAAGGAGAGGAGCCAGCAGGAGAAGAAGAGGCAGCAGGUGGGCCGAGUCAGCAGCCCGAGCGAAGUAGGAAAGAAGAAGAGGCAGGAGCACGAAAACAGUUAGAAAAGGCAGAGGGAAAACGGCCAGUAGAGGAAAGGUCCCCGCCGGAUCUAUCGUUGGGAAAUCCGUAGCUCGAUCCAGAGCCCCCGAAGGAAG